UCACCACUGUCUCAUCUCCUUAUUCGUUCCCCUUCUUCCUCCUCCUCCCCCACCCACAUUGUCCCCUAAACCCUAGCAGAUCAGUAGCAUUUCCGCAGCAAUCACCCAUCAAUCCGUGCUGGGGCGGCGGAUGAGAGUUUCUUGAAGCAAGGCGGAGGAGAGUUUUCAACUCCCCAUUUCCCGGAGUAGCUCUACCAUGUCGGCCGCCGCCGGCAAGCUGUCCCGAUCUGCCUCCGCCAUCAUUGCCUCCACGGCGAGCGGGUACCACCUUCUCAAGAUCGAGGGCUACUCCCGCACCAAGGGGGUACCCAAUGGAGAGAAGAUAAAGUCCCGCCCUUUCACCCUUGGAGGACAUCGAUGGCACAUCGAUUACCAUCCCAACGGCUCCAAACCAGAGUACGCAGACUACAUAUCCCUGUUCCUUGUUCUUGAUGACAAUGUCACCACGGCAGUGAAGGCGCAACGCAGAUUCAGUUUUGCGGAUGAGGUAACGAACCAAGCUCCUUCGCUGGUAUCAACAACGGUACACAGCUACAGUUCUCAGCAGAGCUGGGGAUACAAGACAUUCAUCAAGAGGGCAGACCUGGAGAAGUCAGAGCAUCUCAAGGACGAUUCCUUCACCAUCAGGUGCGAUAUCGUUGUCAUCAGCGACUACCGCGCAGAGGAUCUGCCCCAAGAGACUCCUCCGGCAUUUGUCACUGUGGCCCCAUCUGAUCUGCACCGGCAUCUCGGCAAUCUCUUCAAGACAGAGAAGGGUGCCGAUGUGGUUUUCGAGGUUGGUGGUAACACUUUUGCUGCACACCGGUGUGUGCUUGCUGCCCGAUCACCAGUCUUCAGUGCGGAGCUCUUUGGUGGUAUGAAGGAGGGGGACACGGCAGGUGUGGUGCGCAUAGAUGAAAUGGAGGCAGAGGUGUUCAAGUCGUUGCUCUGUUUUGCGUAUACCGACUCCUUACCGGUGACAGAAAAGGAAGAUGAAGAUGUCAUGUGCCAGCAUCUGCUUGUCGCGGCCGACAGGUAUAACAUGGAGAGGCUGAAGAGUAUCUGCGAGGAAAAGCUAUGCAAGUACAUCAACACAGGCACAAUAACGAACAUCCUGAUGUUAGCUGAGCAGCACCACUGUGAGGGCCUAAAGAAGGCAUGCUUAAAUUUUCUUCGCUCCCCGGCACAUCUUAGGGCUCUGUUGGACAGCGACGGAUUCGAUCAUCUCAGCAGGAGCUGCCCUUCUGUUAUUAAGAAUCUGAUUGCCAUGUCGGCCCUCAUUUAGUAGUGAUUGUUUCUUUAGCAAUUAUAGUUCCAGGGGUUGAAAUGCUUUUCUUGUACUAGCAAUGAUGCUUAGCUCCCUGGUUUGGUUGGAAGACUCAUUAUCCGCAGUUAUCUUAGAUUCAGUACUAUCAGACUACCUAUCCUAACUUUUGAAGAAAAUGGAAACUAGUACGUAUUAUAGCA